CCCAGAUGCCACCCUAGGGCAAAAGAGGGUAUGCCAAGCAACCCGCGUACGACGUCACCGGAGGACGCAAUCGCAUCGGUGCCCACCAGCCUCUGCAGGCUCUAUCCCGUCUUCCUCCCUCGCCCCUGGGUCCCACAGACAUCAUCUUCAUGGUGGGCAGUCCAGGCUGCGGCAGGGGGACGCCGUGCAGGAACAUGGCCAUCAGGUAUGGCUUCUGCCACCUGGAGCUGGGUCAGCUACUGUGGGAGGAGGCCCAAAGUGGCGCCCCGGGCCGGCAGAUCCACAACUUCAUGCUGCAGGGGCUCCUGGUGCCCACGGUGGACUGGGCCCCCAACGUGGUCAUCACGUUCAACUGCUCCAUGGAGACAAUGGUCCAGUGCGUGCUGCGGCGGGGCCAGAUAGAACACCGGGCAGACGACUCAGAGCCCACCAUCCACCAGUGCCUGGAGAGGCACUACACCUUGAGCGAGCCCGUCCUGACCUUCUACCAGCAGAAGAACCUGCUGCGAAAUAUCCUGGCAGAAGAGGCACCAGAGAACAUUUUUGCCAAGUGA